CCGUUGUAAUGUAUUCUGUGGCUUUUUUGGGCAAGUUUGAACACAUGUGCCAUGUUGAACAGUAUCUUUAAUCUGCUCUCUCUUGGCAGUUACAUGAAAUAGUCUUUUGAAAAGCCAAUAUCCCCAUAUUUUCGCCAUUCCUGAAAUUGUCUACCAUUCUCUUUCACCCACAAGUGGAGAUGUGCAUAUUUUAAAUUUGAAUCAUUCCAUAAAUUCAACGCGCUUUUCUUUUGAAAUAAACAAAUUUGAGUAAUUCUCAGUUUAUUCAACUUUGGAUGCUUGUUUUGACAGUGAAAAAUGUAAAGGUCCGCUGGAACAGCUGUAGGGACCAGUUCCGGAGGGAGCUAAACGAAAAGGGCCGCAGCGGAGAAGGGACGUCGCGCAAAAGGCCCUACAUCUAUACUCAGCAGCUGAGCUUCCUUCGUCCGGUGAUGGAGUUGAGGCCAACUGUGGACAAUCUGGAGGACAGUGACGAAUCAGAGGAGGGCGGUGAAGAAACCCCUGCUGUAUUUUCCCCGGAUUCAAGCCCCCAACAUUCCCCAGUGUUGGAAACCACUGAACCACCCAUGGGAACCAGUGGUGGGGAACCUGAAAGGCCUGAAACAAGACCACAGCCCAGGAGGAGGAGGAGGAAUGCCCCUCAGUCGUCCUCUGAGCUAGCGAAUCGGGAAAUGAUAGAUGCCCGAGUCAUCCAGUUCCUAGCUCAGAGGAGGACUGAUGGGCAUGAAGAAACUAUGCUUAGGGGGCUUGCGCCAAUGUUGAAGCUCGUUCCCCAAGCGAGCCAGCAACAAUGCAUGGCCUCUCUUUUGUUGGUCCUUAAAAUGUUCUCCCUGCCAUACCAGGGAGACAUUUUAGGGGAUAUCAAUAAUUUAUUGAAGAAAUACAUGGUGGCUACGAAUCAGCAGCCACCAACUUUUCAGCAGGCACCGCAUCCUUUCCAUGGACAGCAAUCUGGGGGUCCCACUUUCCAGGGCUCCCAAGAGCAGAACCCUACCCUUGCCCAGUCCUUUAAUGUGGGCAUGUUUGCUGCUGCUCCCCCUCAACCAGCCCAGGUGCGUCCGGCGUCGUCGUACGCCCCUGGCUCGUUUUCCCGAGACUUAUUUGAAUUGUAAAUUUUAGUUUAUUUGGUUUGUGUGCUGCUAUUGCUUGCAUUAUUAAGUGACAAAAUUACUCUUUUUGAAAUCAAAAAAAA